AUGCGCAACGAACUGGAAUCAAUAUUGCGGACAAAUAAAGAAAAUUAUCACGCGGGCACUAUCUCGUUGUUGGACCAAAACGUCCUCCCACCAUCUCUCCUGUUGACCUUUGCUUUCGGUGCUUCCUUGAAGUAUUACACGCGGGGCGAGUCGACGCGUGCGAGCCGGCAUUACCGGAGGGUAGCUGAUAUCCCGGGAAUACAAGAGGUAUCUCAAAGAGAUCGAGCGUUAAUAGUGACGAAGGAUACCUUCCAGCGUUUCGUGGAUUAUACCACGGAGAAGGACAGAAUAGCGGCACAGCAAGAGAAAGAAGCUGCAAAACUAGCAGCGCUAAGAAAGGCGACAUAUGAAAAAAGUAAAACGUGGGAGAGUACAAUAGAAAAUAUUAAGGCGAGACGGAGGGAUGAAUUAUUGUCAAAGAGGCAAAAGGCUGAGGAAGAGAGAAAGAUGUUCGUAAAGGAAAUGACGGAGAAAAAGGUGGCGGAGCGUGCAGAAGUGGUGCAGCAAGCAAGGAGAUUGCUACAGCAAAAGAGGCCUUUGUGCCGGCAGAUUAAUCGCGCUCUUCUCGUCUCCGAGUGUUUCAGGGAGCUGGAUGCCCAAGUGGCCUUUCAAAAGACUAUUAGAGCAAUGGACAAGGAGCAGGAAGCUGAAUAUGUUAAUUCGAUUAAAACAGAUGUUGCGAGAUAUGAGGAACAGAAGAAACAGGAAGCGAAAGAACGAGAGAAAAAGACGGAAGAUUACAGGACUGCAUUGCAGAAACAGAUUGAAGAAAACAAACGGGAUAAUAAGCUAAAGAUGACGGAAAAAUUGGAAGCUGAAAAGCAAGAUCUAAUAAAUAUAACUCGAAAUAUGCAACUUACGAAAGAGAAAGAAAUGCAAGAUAUACUGAAUAAAAAGAAGAGAUUCCAACAAUGUUUCAAGGAAGCGAUAGAAGAGAAGAAACAAUUUGAGUUGAAAUUAAAUCACAAUGAGGAAUUCGAGGAUCAAGCGUUGGAAGUUUGUCGAGAGGCUAAAGAUCGAAUACAGAAAAUCCAUAAAUCAGUAGCGCUGAAGGAAAAGGAAGAGAAAGCGCGUCAGAUGAAGAUUAUAGCGGAGCAAUAUGUUUCACCUGAGAAAACUCGCGAGGCUAAAGAGCAAGAGAUCUUAAGAAAAGCUAUUGAGGAGAAAGAAGCAGCCGAGGUGGAAAAACGAAAGGCACAAAAGGAACGAGAGGAAAAGAUGCGCGCCCUCAUGGAAGAAUAUAGACUUCAUGACGCAGCUAUAAAGACCAAGCAGAGACAAGAGGAGAAGCACCUGAAAGCUUGGGAGAUGAUGCAGAGAUUUAAAAAAGACGAAUAUGACAAACAAACUAAUUUGGAGGAACGCGAGCGACAAUGGCAACAAAAACUGGAAUAUAGAAACGAAUUGAGGAGAGAUAUUGAGGAGAGACGAAUCGAAAAGGAACGCGAGGAAGUUCGCGAAGCUGAGGCUAAAGCUGAGGCUAAAACUGCAAUCGAGAAAGCCAAUCAAAGGAUUUUACUUUACGGCGACGAAGUUUUAGAAGAGUCGAAGGGUGUGAGACCACUUUAUCCGAUCAUCAAAGCUAUAGAGGAGAUUAAAAAGGAAAUAGGGUUAAUGCCGAAAAAAAUCGAAGAGUCAACCGUGAAGGCGGAACGGCCGGGGAGAAAACGCAGAGCGCGUCGCUACAUUUGCGCGAAACCUGUUCCGGUCGAUCAAAGAUAUUAUUUGCAGUAAGCCGUUUGCAUAAACAGGGCUAAUUUGUAAGUCAUUCGUUCGCAAUUACCAUGCAUCCGUCCGAUCAUUAUGUCAUUUAUUCGGGACUUGCUUAAAUCAUUUUCGUGUCGCGCUCUCGAGUCGCGCGCGUUUUGACCGACGAAAAAAAUUGAUAAAACCAAAGUUGUCGAUGUCAAGAUAAAAUUUACCAGUAAUUUACGAACAAAGAAUUCGCCAACUCGUGAAAGUCCGAGUUCCACUCUCACGGUUGCUUAUUGCAGUAGACACUCGUUAUACAUCAGAAUAUUAUAUCGCUCCUUUCUCGAGCGAUUAAAUAAGCUGUCUGGAACAGGUUUCUUGAAAAUGUGUUUCGUACGUGCACGUGCACGGUUAAUUAACAAAAUACAUAAAUUAAUAUGAGUUUAUUAUCU